AUUUUCAUUCUUUAUCCGAAGACCAGAACGGAGAAGUCAGAAGGCCUUCAGCCUUCAAUAAAGUAUUGGAGCGUUACAUGCAAUAUCCGUGUUACCAGUUGUUACGGUAUAGUUUUGGAGUACGGUCUAAGUAGGGGACAGGUAGGCUUCACACGUGAUCCAGACUCCUGUAUUCGACUACUGAGUAUCCUUGGACCGGUGCUGCGCAGAACACAACCGUUCCUGGAUCUCUAAAAGCGGUCAACGCGAGAUUAAAAAAUGCUUCCCAUGGAUGAAACAUCACCCCCAACCAGUGACGAGGAGAGGGCCGUGCGCUCUGCCAGCAACAGUCCGCAGUCAUGUCAUCCAUCGUCCAGUGUUACUGCGUCGGCGUCUGAUGCCACAGCGUUUCCUGAGGGCAUGUCGGCACUUCGUCGCAAUCUUCAUCCGGAGAGCAGCAAACAAGUGCUGCAGACGUGGCUGGAGGAGAAUAUAGAUCAUCCCUACCCGCUUGAGGAGAAGAAACUGGAGUUCAUGAGUCAAACGGGCUUGACUAUGAAGCAAAUCAACUACUGGUUUAUCAAUGCUCGUCGUCGCAAGGUCAAGUCGAUGCGUCAGCAACAGUAUUACCGUCAUGCUGCAGCCAAUCGUGCUGCAGGAGCUUUCCACACGCUGGAGGCUUCCACCCAUCCCUAUCACAACAUGCAUCGAGAUCGAGCAGAUCACACACUGGACAGCCAUUACAGCACACCCCAAUCUGCCUCAGCCUACACUGCUACACCAUUCAGCGGACAGUCACCAACUACCCUGCCAUCUCCAACUGGACAUGCGCUGCAUCAUCUAACAACCACAGCCAGCACCACUCCAAUGGUUGCCAGCUCCCUGACGACACAACCUCACUUUCACGCUCAGCAGCCCCAUCCCCAUCAUGGGCAGACGCAGCAAAAUCUGCAUCAACAACAGCACCCCCAGCUCGUCCAGUGCCCUGGAGCCAUUGAGCACUCGCUGCAGCAUUCCUUGAACCCAUUGCCUGCAAGGCACCACCAGGCCACUGUUUGGGGACAGUCUAACACUGCCACAGUGACGUCGCAAGCCAGAGCCACAGUUGGUGAAUGGAGUACACAAGCCCAGCAGAUCACGUCUGUCCCUCGAAAUCCUCCACGAACAUUGCAAGUGGCACAAGCUACCACCAGCGCCCGCCAUCAUGGCAUGGAGUCACCACAAGGAAACUUCCGCUCGCCAUUCACUCUCACCUCCAGUGGAGGAAUUCCUGCUGCAACCUUCCCAACAGCGCAGCAGCAACAGCAUCAGCAUCAGCAUCAGGCAGACUCCACGACCUCACCCAGUGAUCCGAACGCCGCUGCCGUGGCACUCUCCGUACGAAUGCCAGUCAUUGUGCAGGCUCAUGUUCACCCUCUGCAGCAGACACCAUCACCAGGUGCUACGGCUGUUCCCAUGGCGCUGCAGGCCAGUACGUACAUGCCAUGGCCCGUACGGGUUGCUCCGCAAGUCACUCUAGCACACACUGCCUACCCAACCAACCAGCUCGUCUACACACCCGUCUCCACGAUUCCCUCGACCAGCACGGGACCAUUUCCAUAAGGGCUCGGAAAACGUUGGAGUGCCUCCCACACAAAUGGUAUGGUAUGGUAUUCUUCAUUUUACUUCAUCAAGCAAACAGGCAGUGAUGCCUUCUCACCAGCCAACGAUACUGAACGUAAGAUUGAGAACCCGGUGGGCUAAUGGUCGUAGUCAUCACGGCCUCUCCUAGCAGGACGCCCUCAUCGAAUCGCCUUCCAACAGUUAGCACUAGUGAUAAACAUAGACAUUGCCCUGGCCCGUCUCAGUUUCUCUGUAUUUAACGCUUAUUGCAAUGUUUCUUAAAAUGGCUACCGGAGGUUUGUGCUCACUGUCCAUGAACGUUUACCAUACAUGGUUAACUUGAUCCCUAAUUGUAAACUACCAAUGGCAUGUAAAUGUCAGUGAGGCCUAAUUUUAGUGCAUCUUCGGUUCUGCUGGCAGAAUAAUUUAAACAUACAAUGAAAAGAACUAGGUACGUUUUCGUUCACAUUUUUUCGAAUUUGCUUCACUUGUAUUUCAUUUUUGAGAUCAACUUUGCUUGGCAGACAUGGCUCAUGCCGUCAAUGGAUGUUAAACACCUGCCGUAAUUUCCAUUUACCAAACGAAGUCUCCUCACACCUGUGUUCAUCUUGAUGUGCACCGCAGCUGAAUGCAUGUACAUGUACAUGUAUUAAACUGUAAACAUAACUUCGUUCCUACGCAGAA